AUGGGUGUCAUCCGCAAGAAGACCGCCGCGCGCGGUGCAGAGGGGGGAGUCAAGUACGUCUGCGAUGUCUGCUCUGCGGACAUCACAUCUACUGUCCGCAUAAGAUGCGCUCACAGCGCCUGCAACGAAUACGACCUCUGCGUCCUCUGCUUCUCGAAUGGCGAAACCUCCCACAACCACCAACCUGCCACCCAUCCCUACCGAGUCAUCGAACAGAACUCCGUUCCCAUAUACGAUAAAAACUGGGGGGCGGAUGAGGAACUCCUGUUGCUGGAAGGAGCCGAGAUAUAUGGGCUUGGAUCAUGGGCAGACAUUGCAGAUCAUAUUGGUGGAUACAGGAACAAAGAAGAAGUCAAGGCGCACUACAAAAAGAUAUACCUGGACAGUCCGAACUUCCCCUUACCAGAACGAGCCAGCCCACAAGAUAAACAACUGUUAGAGGAGAUCCCCAGGGAAGAGUUUCAAGCGCGCAAGAAACGAAGGAUUGAGGAUAGAAAGGAGGCUGCUAAGAACGCCCCUCCUGCUACACCCAAGAAGAAACCUACAGCCUCUGUGCCAGCAUGUCACGAGGUCCAAGGGUACAUGCCAGGACGUUUAGAAUUCGAGACAGAGUACGCCAACGAAGCGGAAGAGGCUGUACAGCUUAUGCAGUUUGAUCCUGGAGAUGGCAUCAACCCGAAGACGGGCGAGGUGGAGCCAGAGAUGGAUCUCAAGAUGACCGUCAUGGACAUCUACAAUUCACGGCUCACCCAAAGAGCAGAGCGGAAGAAGGUCAUCUUCGAGCACGGCCUCCUCCAAUACCGGCAGAACACAGCCAUGGACAAGAAGAGAACUAAGGAAGAGCGUGACCUCCUCACCAAAGCCAAGCCAUUCGCGCGGAUGAUGAACCACGACGACUUCCGCGACUUCUGCGACGGGUUGAUUGAAGAGCUCAACCUCCGCCAAGCAAUAGCCCAGCUGCAAGACUGGCGUGCAAUGAAGAUAGGCGAUCUACGCAGCGGCGAGAAGUACGAGCAGGACAAGAUCCAACGAGCGCAGAAGGCACAACCAAUGGGUUCGUUAGACCGCGAGCGCUUCGCCAGCUCUCAACGCGCAAAGCCUGCUCCUGUCAUCGAGACUCCUUCCGGUGCUGCAGCGUUCGUGGCACCAGAGCUUCCAAUUCGGGCUGUCAAUGGACAUUCAGAUACUCCCGGUGCCUCACCAGGCCGCGCACUAGACAAAGCCCUCACAAACGGGCUCACAAACGGACAGACGAACGGGACCUCUACGCCUUCCCUCUCCAAACAGAAAUUCCAAAUCCAGCCCCUCUCUAACCUUUCACCAAUCUCUCUCGCCCAAGAGAAUGUACAAGAUUCACAUUUACUUACGGCGGAGGAGAUCGAGCUGUGCGAGAAGACGAGGAUCCAUCCCAAGCCGUAUCUCGUGAUCAAGGAGACAGUUAUGAAGGAGGCGCUUAAGGGCAAUGGGAUGAUGAAGAAGAAGGCCGUGAGGGAGUUGACGAAGAUUGACACUCAGAAGAGUGGAAGGAUCUUUGAGUUCUUUAUUGCGCAUGGGUGGCUUGGGCGUGCGUAA